UUGUAUCUUUAUUAUUUGAUUUGUUUCUCUUUAUAGAAUUAUUGUACAUGUUAUAUACACUGCUGUGUAUUAGAAAUAAAAUAACAGAAAAAUAUUACCCUAAAUCUGUCUAUUUGGUAUCAGAGCAAAUAUUACCCAGAUCUAUAAGUUCUUGGCUGGUCUCAAUGUUGAGUUUGAUGAGGUGAGGGGGAGAAUUGUUGGAAGGCAGCCACUACCUCCAAUUGGUGAAGUAUUCGCUGAAGUUAGAAGAGAGGAGAGUCGAAGGAGUGUUAUGUUGGGAAAGAGGACAACUACAUCUGUUGUUGAAAGUUCAGCGCUAGCCACCAUGGGAGCAGGAUAUAACAGGAACACCCCAUACGUGCAGAAAACUGAUGAGAAGCCACGUGUUUGGUGUGAUUUCUGUAAUAAACCUCGUCAUACUCAAGAGAACUGUUGGAGAAUCUAUGGCAAACCAGCAAACUGGAAAAGCAAGGCAGAGAGAGAAAAGGCAGGUCGAACCCCUUCUGCACAUGAAGCUGAGUCCAGCCCCUUCACUAAGGAGCAGAUGAAUCACCUUCAUGCAUUGCUGAACACUACCUCGUCCUCAUCUGGUAUUCCUACUGCCUCUAUUGCAUAUGCAGGACCAGAGUUCGGGGAAGACGAUUGGCAGUGCUAGGAUGAUUAAUGGACUCUAUUAUUUCGAAGAUAAGGCUUCUGAAAAUAAAAUUGCUCAAGGAUUUAGUAGCAUUAGUUCUCUUUUUGUUUAUGAUCAAAUAAUGGUUUGGCAUUAUAGAUUAGGCCAUCCUAGUUUUUCUUAUUUAAAACAUUUGUUUCCAGCAUUAUUUAAACGGUUGAAUCCUUUGUCUUUUCAAUGUGAAAGUUGUUCAUUGGCCAAAAGCCAACGUAAAUCUUAUGUUAAAUCUUCUUAUCAUCCUUCAAAACCGUUUUAUUUGUUUCAUAGUGAUGUCUGGGGACCUUCUAAGGUUACCACUAAUUCUGGAAAAAAAUGGUUUGUUACUUUUAUAGACGACCAUACUCGUCUUUGUUGGGUUUAUUUAAUGAGAGAAAAAUCUGAGGUUGAACAAAUUUUUACCGAUUUUUACAAAAUGAUUGAAAAUCAGUUUCAAACAAAAAUCAGUAUUUUAAGAACUGAUAAUGGAACAGAAUACUUUAAUCACAUCUUUGGAAAUUUUUUAAAAGAAAAUGGUAUUUUGCAUCAAUCUACAUGUCCUGAUGCUCCUGAACAAAAUGGAAUAGCAGAAAGAAAGAAUAAACACUUGUUAGAAGUAGCUCGUGCCAUGAUGUUUUAUAUGAAUGUUCCAAAAUAUUUAUGGGGGGACGUUGUUCUUACUGCAUCUUAUUUGAUAAAUAGAAUGCCUACUAAAGUUUUACAUUACACUACCCCGUUGAAAUGUUUCAAAAAAUUCUUUCCUACUUCUAGAAUUAAUUCAGAUUUACCUUUGAAGAUUUUUGGGAGUAUUGUGUAUGUUCAUCUUCCAAAAAGGUCUAGGUCUAAGUUAGAUCCUAGAGAUGAAAAAUGUAUUUUCUUAGGCUAUCCUCCAAAUAAAAAAGGAUAUAAAUGUUUUAAUCCUAUCUCUAAACGCAUCUAUAUUACUAUGGAUGUUUCUUUUGUUGAAAAUAGUCCUUAUUUCUCAAAGAAUUUUGUUCAGGGAGAGAAUUCAGCAGUACAAAAUUUUUGGGAACUUGUUGAACCU